AUCUCCUCCCGGCGACGCAUAAAUACCCUACCCGGGAGGGGACGACUCGCUCACCAGUCACCAAACCAACGCAUCAGAUACUCAUUCAGACGACUCGAGCGACCACUGCCUCUUACUUGUCCCGUCCCUGCCACGUACUACGUACUCCUACAUCGCAAUGGCCGCAGCUGCAGCACCGGCCAGGUCCACGAAAGAAGUGCUCCCGCCUGCACUGGGCGCCGUCUCCGAGCCCCCUCCCCUCUUCGAUGGCACCACCAGACUGUACAUUUGCUACAUCUGCCCGUUUGCUCAGCGCGCCUGGGUUACCCGGAACUGCAAGGUACUUGCAGGCCGAUGCCAAGUCACAUCUUCCAUCCAUCACUGAACCUUGCGUGGAGAAGAAGAACAAACGGAAACCCUGUUCUUUUUUCGUGCGUCGUUCUGUGCAGGGCCUGCAGGAGGAGAUCAAGCUGGUCGCCAUCAAUCUGGAGGACAAGCCAGCAUGGUACAAGGAGAAGGUUUACCCACAGGGCACGGUGCCUUCCCUGGAGCACGACGGCAAGGUCACCGGAGAGAGCUUGGAUUUGAUCAAGUACAUCGACAGCAACUUCCACGGCCCGGCACUGCUUCCUCAAGAUCCCGCAAAGAGGCAGUUCGCCGAUGAGCUGAUUGCUUACGCUGACGCCUUUACCAAAGCACUCUACUCGCCCUUGAUCUCCCAAGUGGCCAUGUCAGACGAAGCUGUUGCUGCUCUAGACAAGAUCGAAGCUGCCUUGUCCAAGUUCAGCGACGGCCCGUUCUUCCUUGGCCAAUUUAGCUUGGUGGAUAUUGCCUACGUGACGAUCUUGGAGAGGGUUCAGAUAUACUACUCUCACUUGAGGAACUACGAGAUCGCCAAAGGCAGGCCCAACCUUGAGAGAUACACCGAGGAGAUGAACAUGAUCGAAGCGUAUAAGCAAACCCAAAAUGUCCCGCUGGCCUUGCUUGAUGCUGCCAAGAGGCAUCUCAAGAUUGCUUGAAGAAGUGGUAAUGUCGCCAAGAAUGACGGCGGCUGCCAGGGAACGGCGGCAUUUGAGUAGGCCAAGACUGAACUCUCGUCACUGGGAGCUGGGGCUUCUUUUGCCACCAUUGUCACAAUGAGUUGUAUGUGUUUUCUUCCCAAUAAAGACACCAUGGUUGUAACAUGUAAGGGCUAUGCUUUUUAUGAAACAAUAAUGUACUCCAUCUGUUCUAUGUGCA